GUCAUUUCAGCACUUCCAGUUGGGAGCCGCGGGCCGGACGUGGAGGGUCUGCUCCCCAGGACAGCGAGGAAGGGGAGACGGAGCCAUCCCCCGGCCUGGGUGAGAGGAAGAUGAAGGUCCUGCUGAUGGUGGCAGUGCUGUUUGCCUGCAGUGUGUUCACAGCUCAUGGGAAGCUCCCGCACACGUUUGCACCAGGACUCGAGGGGAGCACCGUAGGAAAUGUGACCCAUGGCUGCCCCUCGGGAUGGGGCACGUCGAGGGCUUCAAUGGACCGGUGCUGCCGGCUCCGUGCCUGCUGCUACGCCAGGCUGGCGGCACGGCGCUGCCGCGUGGGACCCGUCCAGCCCUCCUCCGUGCCCCAGGCAGGAGCCCGCAGCUGCAGCUCCGGGACCUGGUGCCAGAGGGGCGCCUGCCGAUGCGAGCGGGCAGCCCUGCUCUGCCGCAUGCGGAGCCGGGGGCAGCUCCGGAGCCGCAGCAAGUGCCGGGGCCGAGGCGGGCGGUGCUGAGGCCGAAGGGCUCCUUGCAUUGAACCUGGCUGAUGGGCGAGCAAGAGCAGCGAGCCCACGGGUCUCCUCCGUGGGGCUUUCUGGCUCCCACACGAGCACGAGCACCCUCUGGGGCAGUUCCAUCCAUGCACACCGGGUCCGAGGAGGGAGAGCAGCUCAGGUGCGAUGUCUCAGCACAGAGAACCAAGGGAGGGGUGGGCACCCGCUCCUCAUGGCUGCGAAGGGCGAGGUGGAAGCCAGAGCAUCUCCCCUUGGCUCCUGCGCAGCCUCUCGGCUCCCUCUGCUUUUCGCUUCCCUGCACGUUCCCUUC